UAAUGAUUGUUGGUGUGUUAAUCUUCCUGAUUUUUUUUUAUUAGGAAGACAAGAAUUAGAAUACAUGCAAGUUACAGAAGUGAGGCAGAGAGUGGUGGAGGCUCCUAGCUCUCCACGGGCAAAAAAACAUCCAUAUAGAUACAAAAAGAAAAAACCAGGGGUUAAAGUUAAUUAUACAGACAAAAUUGAUGAAAGAAAACACAAAAGAACAGCAUUGGCUGCAGCUAAAUCAAGAGCUGUAUCCAAGCUGAAACAAAUUGCUCUUAAAUUAGAAAGAGAACAAAUUUUUGAUCCAGUUGAUACACUCUUUAUAAUCAGUAGAAGGGGAUCAGAACACGUACAAAAGUGCUAUGGAUAUGGAAGUCUUUAUAAGAAAUUUAUAAAAGGAGACAAAUUGACUACAUAUCCACCAUUUGAAAAUAGAGUUAAACCAACAAUGCCAGUAAUCAAAAAGGAUAAAGUAACAUCUUUCCUGACACCUGGAAAAGGAGCAUACUCAUUUGCCCAGGGAAGUGGACAAAGUAUAUCAGAAACUCAAAGAAAAGAUUUGGAAAAUAUCCAUAUAACUGUAAAUGAGGAUGACAUUUCAAUUGAACCGCCUAAUGCUUUAGAAGUUCCUAAAAGAAGAGGAGAGUUGAAAAGACUUUUUUCAGAAAGAUCCAAAACAAGAGGCAGCCGGGGCAGAGGUCGUGGUAGAGGAAGAGGAAGAGGUGGAAAAUCAUCAAAAGUACUCUUGGAAAAUAACAACAACAUUGAAAUGCCAAGCAGUGAUGACAAUGAAAUGAGUCCUGUUUAUGCCUUAGAAGAUAAUGUUGAUUCUGUGAAAUUGAGACCAAAGAGGAAAACAGCAAAGGUUCUAGUCUAUGAAGAUGACAAGUAGGUAUUAU